AUGGAAGAGCCCACGAGAACGACAGUCGAAGCCACCCCUCGGAAGCGAUCCAAACGAAUGAAGGUACAAGUUCCCACUCAACGCGAAGCAGCGGCUUAUUUGAACUACGAAUCGUCAAGGCAAAACUCAAGCUUACUUCAGACAGCUUCGAAACUACACGUGGAAGAUCGAGACUGGAUCAGGGACUUAGAGAAAGAACGCUGCGAACAGGACGAAAAGAUUCUCGAACUGGAAAAGGAGAAAGAAGAUCUUCGGCAAGACAAUUAUAAUCUUCGCAGUGAGAAUCGCAAUCUUCGCGAUACGAAUUACAAUCUGAAUCAAACGAAUCGCAAUCUUCGCGAUAAGAAUCGCAAUCUCAAGCAAACAGUGAAUGCCCUUGGCUACCGUCAGAGCGGUGUGACAUCAGCCGAGAAGCUGACCAUCGUGUUAGAGGAAUACUCCUGCGUCGGCAGUGGCGCCCUCACAUACUCCGCAGAUAUGGGAAAGACGGUGGAUUUCCUCACGGUCGUGGUGGCCCAUUCAUUCGGUAGCGGAAAUCCUGUCGACAAGUAUGAUCGCUUGCUCCGAGAUGAACGGUAUUUGAGAAUUGCGCUCCCACCCGCUUACGGAGCAGUAGCCUGGUACCUAUUCCGACAGGAUCCCCAGUUCGCUGCACAACUGAAAGACCUAGUCCGAGACGAUAUUGACGUAAAGCAAGCGGGCAACUACGAGGCCCACGAUGCCCGAGAUCUGCUUUCGGAGCCUUUCCGGGAAUUGGCUGUGACGCUAGUAACACGCCGACUCAAGAAUGCCCCCUCAGGAUGUGUCGAAGAUUUGAUCUCGCGGAUUCGCCACUCACACAGUGAAAAGGCUCGCCAUACGAGCCGAGACUAUGCGUGGAAUGUGACCAAUUCUGUCCUACCCGAUGGCGUUGAGCGCCUCGAGCUGGUCUGA